CCCAAUAUCAUGAUAUAUUUUUUUUUACAUACAUGUGCAGACAAUCAAUUAUAUCUGCACAAUAAAAUCAUAUCUUUGAUAUCUUAUCAAAUUUUUGUCCACUUUCAUUUGCUUCCACUUUCUUUUAUUUUAUUUGUCCACUUUCUUUUGUUUCCAUUUAUUUUUGUUUUUAUGCAGUCAAAUUCCACUACACCAGAUCAGCCAAGUUUUCCACUACACCUAAUAAAUCAGUCAAAUUUUCCUUCACUCACUACUCCACCAAAUUUCUUUCAUCGGCUCUCCAAAAUCAUUUCACCAGAAAUCUCCCCAAACUCAUUUCACCAGAAAUCUCCCCAAACCAAAGCAAACAUCCAUCUGUGUAUCAACAACAAAUCAGUGAAAGGUUUUGUAGACCGUGAGGACUAGCGCUGCUAUAUCAAUUCAGAGUUAAGAAUAAACGACAGGCAUUGCCUAAUCAGAAUGGAAGGUGCACCAAGAGGACGUGGUAGAGGGCGCGGACGUGGCCGUGGGCGCGGUAGGGGAUUUGUACCCGAAGAGCCUAUUCCACAAGUAGCACCAAAUCGCACAGCCGAGGAAAAGUUUCGCAAGGAAAAACCUCCAACGUUUGAUGGAUUGGGCGAACCUGCGGAUGCCGAGAAAUGGGUUAGGGCAAUAGAACGGAUCUUCAACUACAUCCGUUGUGACGAUGAGGAUAAAGUGGCAUGCGCAACUUAUCAGUUGGUGGACGAAGCUGACUUUUGGUGGGAGUCAGUGAGGCGGACUAUGACUGACGAACAGUGGGAGAAUUUCACAUGGGAAGAGUUCAAGGCUGAAUUGUAUGAGAAGUAUAUACCAGGAUGUUACCGACAAAAGAAACAGAACGAGUUUUGGAAUUUGAGACAGAAAACGGGAACUGUGACCGAGUAUGAUAGAGCCUUCAAUCAGCUAUCAAGAUAUGCUCCGACGUUGGUGGACAGCGAUGAGAAACGCGCAGAGAAGUUCAGAAACGGACUGCGUCACGAGAUAGCGAUUUCCCUAGCAAGUCAAGGGGAUCUCACCUACGCGCAGACAUUGAGCAGAGCCCUCACUAUUGAGUCAUUGUUGCCAAGGGAGAAAGGAAAAUCCCCCGAACAGUUUGGAUUUGUACCAUCUCAAGAUGGUAGUAAGGGAAAGAGAAAAUGGAAUGAAGGGACUGGUGGAAACAUUGGAAAUGGGAAGAAACCAUGGACGGCAAAUCAAAAUCAGAAUCAACAUCAGAACCCACAACCUCAAGCAAUAGUUCAAACUCCUUGCCCAAAAUGUCAAAAACUCCAUCCGGGAGAAUGUCUGAAAGGAAUGAACGUCUGCUAUAACUGCGGAGAGGCCGGGCAUUAUGUCUCGACAUGCCCAAAGAAGGGAGGAGGAGCACCCCAACAACAAAAUCCUGGAAACCAACAACGACAAAACCAAGGUCCUAGAGGAAAUCAGAACCAACCACGAUACGCUAGGGCCUAUGCCCUUAACCAACACCGAGCAGCAGGAGAUCACGGAAACCUGGCAGGUUGAUUGGUCGGUGCUGACGGGGCAGAGCUGAGGCUAGGGUUCAACUCCGUAUUUUGUCUUCCGCUGUUGCACUAGCUCUUAUUUGUCUUUUAUUUCUCCAACUUAAGACUUUUAUGUUAAAUUCUGAAUUAUGUUUUCUUAUCGAGCUUAAACUCUCAACUUCUAGCUCUAUGUUAUUAACGUUGGUUAUCGGAAGCAUGAAACCGAACUUGUGAUCCUAAGGCUUAGAAUGUUGUUGAUUGAUUAAUAUCACUUGAUUUUUGUCUUUCUUCA